UUUCAUUACGUGUCUAACACAUUGUAAGAAGAUUAAGACGAACAUUCUAGUGAAUAUAUGCUUAACAAUGAACCCUUGAGGGGUUACAUGCAAAUUUUCAACAAAGAUUAUUGUAAAUAAAUGGACUGAAAUGAUGGAAUUAGUAGCGUGACGCGUGGACGAUUUGCCAAGGGAGAAACCUCUCCGGAAGAUUUUCUACGCGAAAAUGGCCCUACUUAGGUGUUAGGAACUUUUCCCAAUCUUUCUUGAAACAUCCUGUGCAAUGUACAUAUUUUAAAAUCAUUUUGGAUUCUAAGAAUUCUUUCUGAAAAGAUCCGAGUCUUCCGCUCUGGGGGACCGGAUUCGAGUUUGGGCUAGCCGACUAGAUUUAUCGGAUUCAGUCUGGCCACUCUUGUGAACCCGAUCGAAUCCACGAUGAACAUGAAAAGGACCCUGUUACUGCACACGGAGUGGAGUUUAUAAAUCAUUUAGUUCUAUUCCACAAGCUUAUCGUUUCGAUCAUAUAUAAACAAAUAGAUCUCCCGUGAUACUAUAACCUCCUUGUCACUGACACAUAUCAAUUAUUAAUAAUCAUUUCGCUUGAAAGUGAUGAAUUUAAAUAUAUUUCAUUUUCUCUUUUUAUUUUCUCUGUUUAUAACUGAAGAAUCUUGCAAGAUAUUUGUUGAUCUUACAACAAAUAGAUUAUCAAGAGUUCAAGAUGGGACUGUUGGUCUUUGGAGCUUUCAUGGGAAAGCUAAAGAGAGUCAUGCCAUUAAAACAACAUUUACUUAUAAUGCAGACUUGAUAGAUGAACAAUCAUUUUAUAAUGGUAGCAUUAAACACAUAAAUUUGGCAACUAUAACCGAACCUUAUUUAGGUUUAACAUCUGAUACUGAUGAUGAUUAUCUGGAUUAUUUACUUCUUCAAGCUCAUACAGCAAAUAUUGAUGGUUUUAUUUUGGAAUGGGGUUAUGAAGGACAUCCAAGCAAUCUGGCAUUACAUAGAUUACUUAAUGUAUUGAAAAAGCCAAAAUUUUCUAAUACAAAAUUUUGCAUUGGGAUUAACUGGUGUGACCACUGGCUAAAACAAAAAUUAAAGAAUUCUUCUGAGAUGAUAGAGAUCUUCCACAAAAAUGCACAAUAUUUGUUGGAUAGUUUCUUUAUUCCCUUCUUCAAUAUUAGUCAUAAAUAUCAUCAUCAUCCUAUAAUUAUGCUGUUUGGUGGAGGAAUAACAUCUGAUGAAUUUUUAGAAGUUUUAAAAAGAAAAUUCUUUGUACCUGCUAACAUGGACCAACCAAUAUGGAUUGGAAAUUAUUUAAAUACUGCUUCAACUGUGAAAUUAAGAAAUCAAUGGUUAAAGCUGUUAAAUGGAACAUUUGCUUGGGUAUCACAUUCUCAUCUUACACCACCUUGGCUAAAUGAUUGGGAUACUUACUCUUUACCUGGAGAUACUGUCAUUUAUCAGAAGGAAGUAAGAGAUUUAUCAAUUAAACUUGUAGCAAAUAAAACAUGGAAUUAUUGGAUGGCUUCAGCAAAUCCUGGCGAAGAUAAUAGAGGAUGUGCGGGAUGGGGACAAAUGCUUAAAUAUGUACCACGAAUAUGGAAUAAUGUAAGCCACUGUAAUACUUCCAAUUGCCAAAUAUGGUUUUUCUGCAUUGACAUCAACAUUAAAGUAUAGUAGCUUAUGGAAAAAUGAAAAAUUUGACUAUCGUGGAUUAAAACUUCCAGCAAAAUGGUUUAAGAUAAAAAAAGAAAUUAAUUUCUUAAAACAUAGUCAUUCAGUUAAUGUUUCAAAUAUUGUCAAAAUUCUUAAGAAAUCAUUUAAAUUGAUUAUCCAAAAAGAAUACAAAUUCAGUGAUAUUUUAC